AGAUUCAAGUUUAAGAACCUGCCGGGGCGAGAAAGGAAGUUUGGAAGGCCCCGAACGACACCGAACGUCCACCAGCCCGGAUUCAUUGGACGGGUGCACAGAUCUCCGCUUUGCGAAGGCCCAUCUAGGGAGAGAAAAAACACCGUACUAUCUUCGGGAUUCCUUUAGAGUAAUUCAAACGCCGAGGGGGCCAGCCCACACAAACCAUUUGUUUAGGAAAAGUGAUGAAAUGAACAAGAAGUGGUGAAUUACAGGCGAGUUUGCCAAAGAGAGACAAGGAAGCCGGAGCGCAGAAGAGUCUGGCGCAUACGCUCCAAGUGGACCACUCUUCUCCCUCCAAAAGCCAGGUUCUCCAAGAUGCCUGAAGAAAAUUCUCCAAGGCAGACUCCCCAGAACAUCCCUUACCAAGACCUUCCUCAUAUCGUCAAUGCAGACGGGCAGUAUCUCUUCUGCAGGUAUUGGAAACCAACCUGCGCACCAAGGGCCCUCGUGUUUAUCUCUCAUGGUGCCGGGGAGCAUUCUGGCCGCUAUGAAGAUUUGGCUCAAAUGCUGAUUGGACUUGACUUAUUGGUGUUUGCUCAUGACCAUGUUGGCCAUGGGCAGAGCGAAGGCGAACGGAUGAUUGUGUCCGAUUUCCAUGUUUUCAUCAGGGACGUUUUGCAGCAUGUUGACUUCAUGCAGAAAGAUCACCCUGGGCUCCCUAUCUUCCUCCUGGGGCAUUCCAUGGGAGGAGCCAUCUCCAUCCUAACAGCAUCAGAGAGACCCGGGCACUUUGCAGGCAUGGUGUUAAUUUCUCCUCUUGUUGUCGCCAGCCCUGAAUCAGCGACGACAUUUAAGGAGUCGGGUUUGGCAGCGGGCGGCAUAAGAGGCAUGAUCAAAUCGACAUCGGCAGUAGCGGCUCAAUGGACCCCGAUAGCCAUUUGGGUUCUGGCCGCCAAAGUGCUCAAUCUGGUUCUCCCAAACCUGUCUCUGGGGCCAAUUGAUUCCAGCGUGCUGUCCCGGAAUAAGACAGAGGUUGACUCUUAUAAUGCCGAUUCCCUGGUUUGCCACGCAGGGCUUAAGGUUUGCUUUGGCAUCCAGUUGCUGAAUGCCGUGUCCCGAGUUGAGCGAGCCCUCCCCAAACUGACCCUGCCCAUCCUGCUGCUGCAGGGUUCUGCCGACAGGCUCUGCGACAGUAAGGGGGCCUACUUACUGAUGGAAGCAGCCAAGAGCCAGGACAAAACGCUGAAGGUGUAUGAAGGGGCCUACCACGUCCUCCACAAAGAGCUCCCUGAGGUCACCAGCUCAGUCUUCCAGGAAAUAAAAGCGUGGUUCUCUCAAAAGACAGGAUCAGCUGGAACCUCCUCCAACCCCUAAGGCCAUCAGCCCCGUUUCCUUUCCUUGGUCGAAUAUGACCCUGGGAGGUGGGUGGGGAAGGAAUUGGAACAGGUAGCUUGGACAAGAUUUGCCAAAAACAAACACAAAAAAAAAACAAAAAAAAAAAUCUAAGAGGAAUUCUGCUGAGAGCUAUUUACUGAAAAUAGAUAUUCUUGUAUGUUGACAAUUGCUCCCCCUUCUGUCAUUUGACCAUUUCCCAGAAGGGGACAGAUCCAGACGAUAAAAGUGUGUUGGGGGAGUGGGGGUGGGGGGUGUUGGGUGGGAACAAGUGUUACGAUGACUUUCAAGACUGGUAUCAGGCUUUAAAACGACACUUCAAAUGACCUGCAAGGGCCAAUUUUGCCAUGGUCAUAUGCUUUCCCUGGAGGGGUAGGAAUAUUAUAAAAACCUUUGGAUUGACUUUAUACCUGACUCCUCCUGCCAAAUUUAAGGGUCUGCCCCUUAGCCACUACUCAACUCUUUGAACAAAUCAUUGCUGCUGAGAAAGGGGGCAGAUAAGAGGAGUUUGUCUGGUUGUGUGAAGAGUGCCUGCGUGUCCUUCCACGAUCGGUCAGGAUCCCGUCCGCAAGGCGGGGUUCCGCAGAACCUCAAAAGUCUGGAAAUUGCCCCGCACAAACCAGGUUAGCAGUGAUCGGCGUGUCCUACGGGAAAGCUGCCCGGGGGUACGUUCGAUUGCUUUAUUCGGCCUCAGAACCGGGUUUUCAGGGAGAAAAGCAGAAAGUUCAGAGUGGGAGUGAGAGAUAGCAUCACAUAAAACAAACAAGCAGGAAUAAUGAUCUUAUUUCCUAAAUACACCCCUUUCUUCCCUAUAAACAGAAGCACUUGCAUUUCCAGAUGAAUUGCUGUAUAUAUCUAUCUAUAUAAAUCUAUCUAUAUAUAUAUAUAUAUCUACCUGUGUACAUAGGCAGAUAUAUAUAUUCCAAGAGGUUGCCUUUUUUGUUUAACUACUUGUUUGACUGACACUAUGAAAUGAAAAUCUAUUUAAAUAUAAACGUUAAUAUAUGAGGUAGAGUAUGAAGCUCUUAGUCUAUGGGAGGAUGGACGAAUAUCAGGGACAAAGAAGAGUUUGGAAAGCUUACUGCAAGAGUCCGAUCAAAGAUACAAACCAUGCUGGCUGGAAGCCAGAGCUGGUCAGUGGGCCUUCUUUCUACUUAAAUUGGCCUAGACAUCUGCCCUUGUCUCAAUUCCUUGCCCAUCAAUCAGGGGCUGGAAGAGUGUGGGUUGGGAUUGUGUCCCUCUCUGAACUUGUGUCCCAUCAGUUCACUAAGGGAUAUAAGUAAGCACUAUGGAGAAGAAUAUCACCCUCCCACACACACACCCGCCAAACCUCUCUUGCAGCCCUCACGAACCGAGCGUAGUCAGACACUCCGGAGGAUGGCAGCCGUAUCGGGGGACUUCUGCCAACUGAGGCUCAAUCGACAAGAUGGCACGAUGUGCUCAGGGUAGACAGAACGGCCCCAGUCCCGAGCCAGCAGCAUCGCAGAAGCCAGACUAAGUUUUCAGAAUUGAUCCGGGGACUCCAAAAUCAGCUGCACCACCAAGGUUGCCUGCUAGAGUAGAGCUAGUUUGAAUAACAAAGUAAACAAGUCAACCAGAGAGCAGAUCUCCCUACCCUGUCUUCUUCAGUAAAAUUCCACUCUCUUGCUACCAUUUUGAUGUGAGGGUGCAGGGCGUUAUGACUCCAGAGGGGAGGCAUUUGCCCCAUUCUCAUGGGAACAGAUGGGUGCGUUGGAUCGGGACUCUGCUCGAACCCAGAAUAAUGACCUCAAGGAAAUGGCAGAGUAGAGGGAAAAUGGCCCCUUGCUGGGAAACGGGUACCUGCCCACCAAACCCAACCAGUGAGGUGUCACCACUACUGGGGUACUCAGUUCCUCUGGUGGAGGGAUCUGAAGAACCAAAGUCAUCUAAGGGUUCUCAACCUGCGCCCCGCCCCCAACCUUCUGAGUAGUGGCUGUCUUGAGAGCAGGGCCUUCCCAAGGGGCAUGUCCAAAGGAUUCACUGGGCAGCCAGGAGACCACGAUGGUCCCAUUAAACAAGAAUCCAGGGAAGCAAGAUGGACUGUAUCUGCCAGUCAUUCUGUUGUCCUCUCCCCAGCACCUUAGUACAGUGCUCCGCACACCAUGGCUGUUCCACCAAUAGUAUCCGAGGGGUCGCAAUCACCAACCAGACGAGUGACAGUGCAGGGGAGAUCCCCGCCUAAACCAGGGGCGAGAAAGCGGGGCCCCUAUCUCCCAAGGACCGAGUGGUUUCCGAGCCGACAGCAAGGCCGGCCAGGGACUGUGGAAGGAACGGACCGGGGGAGCAAAGCCCACCAAUCGCAUUUCCCACAGGUCCCGGGACUACCGAGAAACCCACCCACUGAGGCAGCUGCGUGAAAAGCAGGCUCUCCAGGGAGGAAAGCGAAGGCUUCUCGUCAGUGUCAGGGCUUCCCUCCUCCCCCCUGCCUCAAGAAGGCCCUUCUCUGCCAUUUCCCCUCUCCUUUGCCUGAACCCAGUCAGAGAUCUAGAAUCGAGGACAACAUUGGAAGGGAAUCCUCCCCUGAAUUUUCACCAUUUCUCCAGGCACUGGAAGGAUGGUCCAAAUCCUUCUGCGUCCCCCUGCUCCCCUCCUAGCAGAGCCACCUUCCCCUUUGGGCCCCAAAGAAAGAUGGAAGCAGAGACUCUGAUGAGCACAGCGGCAAGGACACAUCUGAUGGGUAGAGACCCUGACCCAGCCUGGCCCCUCCUACCUCCAGCAGCCCACACUUACGAGCCCUGACCAGGGCAGCCUUACCUCUCUGGUCCUAUCGGCCAAGACCCUGAAAGCAGAGGGCAGGAUGGGGUGGGGAGACACCACCCCUUGGAAUGCAACUCCCCUGAGCAAGAGAGAGAGAGGAGGGAGAGGGAGAAAGAGAGAUGCCCAAGUCGGAGCCUCCAAGGGCACAUGGCCACAUGUCUGGGACUAUGGCCACCCCUGCCUCCGAGCAGGAAUCUAUGCUUCCCUGGCUCUUGGGGAGGGGAGAAGGAGAGGCAGGUCAGGACGAGGGGAGACGUGUUGGAUUGGAAAUAAGAAUUGGCUCGAGGCUAGUGUCGAUUAGGACUGCUGGGCCAAAGUACAGACCUGUGCCAGAGAGUAGCCUGAUGUCAACCCCUUGUAACUUUAGUCUUGAGUGAUUUGAAACUGUCGUGUUUUAAGUGCAUUCAAAUCCUUUACGGGAACGGAAACCCCACUGAAAUGGGGUCAAGUCUCAGCCUCCGGCCUAAGAUGCUUGCCCUCCCGCCAGGCCCCUUUCUCGGGGCCGGGGAACGGAGCCAAAGCAGAUAAUAAAAGCCGCCCGCCCCCGUAGCCAUCCAGCAGAGAUGUUGCUUUCUCGGGAGCUCGGGAUGGGAUCAGCUUUUCCUUUAAGGAUAGGGCCCAUCCACGGCAGGGCAGAGUCGCCUCUCCGCCCGCAAUUCGACUCGCAUCUGAAGGCCCCGCAGGCCAAACGGCCGGAAGCAUCUUCGUGUCGAGCCUUGUCUUUCACUUUAGCCUACUGCCAGCAUAAAUAAGCCUGUCACGAUCACAGUGAUGUCUCAAGUAAUUUCCUAGCUUCUAUCUAUCGUCACGCUACAGUUCGGUAACAUAUAUAUUAGAGAUAUCUCAACAUAUAUACUUUUCAUGGGGAAAAAAGAGUAUAUCCAUAUUAAAGAAAUGAAAUGUUUAUGGUUGUUCUUCACAUUAAUUAUGAUUAAUAAUAAAGCAUAUGUUUUCUGAAUGGUG